AUGGGUAUCCUCGAUCUCGCCGACGAGCUUCUUCGCAUCAUCCUCGAAUAUGUUGCGAGCGAACCAGAAAAACCAAUAAGUCUGGAGCGCCGCGCAUACCUGUCGCAGGAAUCUUUCAAGCUGCCCCUCCCACCUGAGCCCGACGAUGCCGAGACGAUUGCGAGCUUUAGAUUGACUUGCAGAAGAUUCAGCAAUUUGGGUGUCAUCCAUCAGUUCUCGCGCGUUACGACACGCUUCUCGCAAAAGGGACUCGAAAGAUUAGAGAGAAUAGCUGGCCAGCCUCACAUUGCCGGCCGUGUGAAGAAGUUCAGUUACAUGGUGCCAUUUUUCUACGGUCAAGGACGAGAGCGCAUACAGGAGCUCCUCCAUACACGGCCCGAGAGUUUCAGCUUCCCUGAUAUCGAAAAAUUCCAGAAAAAGGUGAACGAGCAAACCAGCCUUCUGAACAGCAGGAAAGAUGCACAUAUCCUGCAUUUCGCGCUUCAGCGAUUCACUUCACUCCAGCAUAUCCAGAUCCUACGCCUGCAGGACCAGGAAGAUGCCGUGUUAAUCACGUACAUGCGGGGUCACAACGAGUUGAACGGUCUAGUACCGACAUGGCCACCGGCAUGCUUGCAUAGCGCGAAAACAAUCGGUCAAGCCCUCCUUGAGUCCGAAUCGCCAUGUUCGCGAUUCUCAUCCCCCAUGCUAAGCCCGCAGAGCGUACUAGGUGCCGCUAGCAAUCCGCCAUCAACCCUGGGAAUCCUUGCCGAACGCCUGACCUGUCUAGAGCUACAUUUCGAUGACAGCACGGACCUAGACGUUCGGAUGCGACAUCUCACCUCCCUGUCCAAGGCAUUGUUUACUGCGGCUAAGAAUAUUGAAGCCGUGCAUAUUGGCUUUCCUUCAUACCGACCACUCACAUUGCGGCUAGAAGAGCUUUUCCACAACGUGAAGUGGGAAAAGCUGCAGGCUUUUGGGAUCCAAGCCUGGCGUCUCAACGCAGAUGAAAUUCUGGGGAUUGCCCGGCGACACAGAGAUACAUUACGUGGUUUGCGUCUGCGUGAUGUACUCUUGAAAGAGGGAAGCAUGUGGAAAGACGUGCUUCCCUGUCUACGCGAUGAGCUCACAAGGCUUGACUGGAUUUCUCUUAGGCGGAUUGGAUAUGAGAAGCACUUCGACGAGCAGUUCGUUAUGGGAGCCGAAGUACCAGAAGACGACCCUCUUGGAAGCGACAGUAGCGACGAAAGCGAUUACGAAUACGAACACGAACAUGACGAUCAGUCUAACGGGAAUGACGCUGAUGGCAGUUCAAUAGCUGACACGGAAUCUGACGCAGAGACCGACGAGCCUGAACAGGGUGGCACCCUUUCCUUCCCGCCUAUGCCCGAUACCCCAGCCUCGAUUACAUGGUGCAACUGCAACGGACACAUGGAUGGCGUCGACGUCUUAGGAGACGACGACGGAAUCAUGGUCACCAAUCAGCAGCGCAAGUUCUGGGAGAAGUGGGUCGUAAGGAAGAUCUGCACCGAGCAGCAUGGCCACAAAUGA